CUCUCUCCCUCACACACUUCUCCUGACGCCUUCUGCUCCUGCAGACAACCAGGAACCCUCCACACCACAGCCAUGGCCUGCAACACCCUCUGCCGACCCUGCGGACCCACCCCGCUGGCCAACAGCUGCAACGAGCCCUGUGCCCUGCAAUGCCAGGAUUCCCGCGUCAUCAUCAACCCUUCCCCUGUGCUGGUCACCCUGCCAGGACCCAUCAUGACCUCCUUCCCCCAGAACACCGCCGUCGGAUCCACCUCCUCGGCUGCCGUGGGCACUGAACUCAGUGUGCAGGGACAGCCCAUCUCUGGUGGAUUUGGUGGAUUUGGCUACAGCCGUGGAUUUGGCUAUGGCUAUGGCUAUGGGCUGGGAGGCCUGGGCUGCUAUGGCAGAAGGGGCGGCUACAACUGCUAA